UCUAGUCGUGGUAAAGGGGAGGGGGUGAUCCGCAACACAACAGGAGAUAAGCUUGAUUUGUUCAUACUUCUACCACUGGGGCUCUUCUGCAUCUUCGCCAUACACAAACGCGAUGAAAUUAAGCGAAAACGCGGCAUGAGCUCGACGGAAGCCAGCGGCACCGACACAUCUGCCACCUUUUAACAACCGGACGCGCGUUUCCUCCCCGGUUUACCGACUUUGCGGUGUUCGGGAUGGGUAAGGAGGUGAACGGCGUCUCUCGGAGUCGCUUUGAGAUGUUCUCCAAUAACGACGAGGCUGUUAUCAACAAGAAGCUGCCGAAGGAACUGUUGUUACGAAUUUUCUCAUUUCUGGAUGUAGUCACACUUUGCCGCUGCGCACAAGUCUCACGAUCAUGGAACCUGUUGGCCCUGGAUGGCAGUAACUGGCAGCGCAUUGACCUCUUUGACUUCCAGAGAGACAUUGAGGGUCGUGUGGUGGAGAACAUUUCAAAACGGUGUGGAGGCUUCCUAAGGAAGUUGAGCCUUAGAGGAUGUCUAGGAGUUGGAGACAGCGCUCUCAGAACGUUUGCACAGAACUGCAGAAAUAUAGAGCUGCUCAGCCUCAACGGCUGCACCAAGAUCACUGACAGCACCUGUAACAGCUUGAGUAAAUUUUGUCCCAAACUGAAGCACUUGGAUCUCGCCUCCUGCACCUCGAUCACAAACCUGUCCCUCAAAGCUCUGAGCGAGGGCUGUCCGUUGCUAGAGCAGCUGAACAUCUCGUGGUGUGAUCAGGUGACCAAAGACGGCAUACAGGCGCUUGUGAGAUGUUGUCCGGGACUCAAAGGCCUGUUCCUCAAGGGCUGCACACAGCUGGACGAUGAAGCGCUUCAGCAUAUCGGAGCACACUGUCCAGAGCUGGUCACGCUCAAUUUGCAGACGUGUUCGCAGCAGAUCACAGAUGAAGGUCUCAUAACCAUCUGUCGCGGGUGCCAUCGGCUGCAGUCUUUAUGUGUGUCGGGCUGUGCGAACAUCACAGACGCUAUUCUCAAUGCCUUGGGUCAGAACUGCCCUCGCCUCAGAAUAUUAGAGGUGGCUCGCUGCUCUCAGCUUACAGAUGUAGGCUUCACCUCGCUAGCACGGAAUUGUCAUGAAUUAGAAAAGAUGGAUUUAGAAGAGUGCGUACAGAUUACAGAUGGAACACUCAUCCAGCUGUCUAUACACUGCCCUCGACUCCAGGUUCUGAGUUUGUCUCACUGUGAGCUCAUCACUGAUGACGGCAUCAGGCAGCUGGGCAGCGGACCCUGCGCUCACGACCGACUGGAGGUGAUCGAGCUCGACAACUGCCCGCUCAUUACAGACGCGUCUUUAGAGCAUCUGAAGACCUGUCACAGCCUGGACCGCAUCGAGCUGUACGACUGUCAGCAGAUCACCCGCGCCGGCAUCAAGCGCUUGAGGACUCACCUGCCCAACAUUAAAGUUCACGCCUACUUUGCACCCGUGACUCCGCCUCCGUCGGUGGGCGGAAGCCGCCAGAGAUUCUGCCGCUGCUGUAUCCUUCUAUGAUGUAAAACGGACUGUGCAUCUUGACCUCUCACCCCCUGAUCUACCUAGAGCACAUGCCGGUGGGUCCCCCGGUCAGAUCGGAUGGGCGAGACAAACCCGACACCCAGUCAUGAGCUUUAAGCAACACUACAGUCCAUUCAAUGGCUUUAUACAAGACAUUUACGGUAAUUAAAGUGGACGAAUUGGGGAAUGUGCUACUUUGUUCGUCAGAAACUAUUUGGAAAAGAGGACAGUGGGGCCUUAAUGAGAAACAGAAGGCCUCUACAAAACGUCAUCAGGGUCACGCGGCCACUGACGUUCCUUGAUUUUGGACGGACCACCUCAGUUUGAUUCGGUAAACAGGAGACGAUCACGCGGUCACCAGCUCAUGGAUUCAUGCCUCAUCCGUAACACGCUGUGAGCCCCUGAGGAACACACACUCAGACACAUCUCUCUCACACACGCACACACAGAUUCUCUCUUUCUCUCUGUCUGUGCUGCUCUCAACGGCUUCGUAAAACUUAGAGCUGAGGCCGGAUAUUUUCGAAGCAUGUUUGUCUUCAGAGUCUUGCUCUUUUUUUUUUUUUUUCUUCAUCUGUCUUUACGUGCGAAUCUCUUCGGGAAGGGGUCCGAGAUACAGCCGGCCGCUGGAGAUGCUGGGGCGGAUGUGAGGUUGAAGAUUUAGGCUGUAAGUAAACGGGGCGAGAGGGAAGACAGGAAGUGUAUUAAGAUGAUGAGUGUGUGUCAUGCAUGAGAUUACAGCAUCUCAUGCCUCGUGUGUGUGUGUGUGUGUGUGUGUGUGUGUGUGUGUGUGUGUGUGUGUGUGAGAAAAUCUGUCAUUCGCGAUCACGGAGAGAACGACAGUGGGCUUCAUUCAUGAAACAAAGCGGAAUGAAUUUCUCUCAUAAAUCCAUUAGUUCACUUACGGGCACUUUUGGCCUUGAAGUCUUUAAGACGGUAAAUGCCUAUAAAACGCACUUUUUUUCACAUUUUCAUGAAUUUAUUUAAAUGAAUCAAAUUUAAUUGAAUACAAAAUGUAAACGUUUAUGGAUACCAAAAACAUACGGUGAAAAUUACGUGAUUCAGGAAAAAAAAUCCCUGUUCAAAUGAUUAACUACCACUUUUGUUCAUAUAUACACCGUAUAUAUGUGUGUGUGUGUAUAUACUGUAUAUAAUAAUAACAUAAAAACUUCACGGUAUUAGUAUAACCCUAAAAUGUUCUAUUUUUAUAUUGUAAUGCAUAUUUUUACACGGAAUCUCCAAAUGAAUGCAACAUAAAGAUACUUUAAAUAUUUGUUUAAUGUCAUCUUUUUACUCUGGAUCAAUGAUACAAGCGAUACCAAUAUUGCAUUGGUACUCUAUAAAAUUAUAUUUUUCACAAUUUCCAAGAAUGAAAUGAAUAAUUCUACCCAUUCAACAUUACUAUAUAAAUGCAAGCCACCAUUUUUAAACUCGAUUAGGCUUUAUAAAAAAAUAUACCAACUUAUAAUCGAAAUCUUCACGUAAACAUUUAGCUUUAGUAUAACCUAAUAUGCCUUUUAUUUGUUCUUUUCUCCUAUAUCGUCUCAGGCAACGCAGAUGAACGGCAAAUACUGAAGUGGUUUACGUUUAUAUCAUCAUUUGUCUUACAAAAAAAUGAAUUAACACUGUAAUGAAAAAGGAAUGUUUUUAUGAUGGAUUUCUAUUGUUUUAGAUUAAAGGUCUGGGACAAAUGUGAAAUAUCAAAAUAUCUAUAUAAAAGGCAUUUUAAAACUAAAACAAAAGGUGAAGGCAUGAUAAUAAAACUAUAAAGACUAUUUUAAACACGCCGAUGAUAAAUAUAAGUCUUCAUAGCAGGAAAAAAAACUGUCUUACACAGAUAUGAAUUUGUUCUUGUGUUUCAUGAAUGAGGCCUGAUGUGUUUCAGGUCUGUUUAUUUCCAAGUCUCCGCCGAUUGUUCUUGAUCCACAAAAACAAAGCGAGCAUAUAAUCGAGCGCAAGCGUGUACUUUCCAAUCAAUGCGCUCGUGAAUCAUCCGCUGGCCACAAACAUGCAGAUUUAUGAAAACAAUCGGAAGCGUUUGUUUUAAAAUGUUUUGUUUGUUUGUACCUGUUUUUGUCACGACUGUGUCUAUUUUCAGUUUAGCCUCUGUUUCGAGUCGGUGCCACUUGUGGAUAUAUGUCAGUUUCUGUUUUUCCUUUCGUGAAUUUCUGUAGGUAAGCAGGUAGAAAAGGUCAUUGUUGCAACGAACUGCGGUAUAUGUAGAAUAUAUGAGUAGGGCGUUAUGGAAGUGUAUGGAUGCGGUGCCGUUUUCUGGCAUUGAAAGCAUUAAAUGUUUUUUGGUAAUGAUACUUGAUGAAAACUGCAAUUACAUUAAGCCACUUUGACAUUCAUUUACAUUCAGUUUCUUUGAAAAGUACUCACGCUUGUACACUUUAGGCAAGAGGGCACAGCGGCUGGGGUUCCCGUACCGACUGCCAGCUGUAGUUUGAACACAUUUUGUGUCUGUCACACACUUUAGAGGAAAGUGUUUCAGCGGAUCGGAGUCAUAUAUGCAAUAAAAAGCUGUAUUUUGAAGUAGGUUUUCUGUAUGUUGUGAUAGUAUGAGACUUGUAGAUGUCAUCAGGUGCUCUUUUUUAUUUUUUUGAUGAUCUGUCAGGUUUAUUCUACACCUUUUCUUCAUCUAUUUCUGAGGUUUUUGCUCUCGACUUUGUCUAAACCCCAGAGAUAUGUUUGUCUAUUCCAGUCCAUUUUUUUUUUUUUUUUUUUUUUACGUUGAUGUGAUAAUUUUUCAGCUGCGUGUUUUGACACAGUUCUGUGAUUUACUGCCAUGCAACUACUUGGUUAGCAGAAUUGUUCGCAAUAUCUUCUUUUGUGCCGAGAGAAGAAAAACCGCAUGGCUUUGGGUAACCUAGCCCUUCAAUCAUUUUCGUGGCACCUGAGAUUAAUAUUGUAUGCAUAUGGAAGUUUUCGCACGCAUUUUUCAUUUGAGUUCAUUUGCAAGCGACUUCAACAGGUUUAGGACAAUCGAUCAAACGAAAUGCUCUCAGAGCUAAACAAAGGUGAACUCUGACGACAAACUUUACGAAGACGUAUUGCUGCCGAACUGCACGUACGCAGUUGAACUGAAUUUUUAUUCAACCGGUUUUAUUUACAUUAAACGCACGAGUCAUCCUGAAGAAAUAAGGCCGCUUCUCCAGUCGUUCUGGUCUGGUUUAUUAGUCAUGGAAUCGGCCAGUAUCUUUCCAGGUUGUAUUUCAUUCCUCAAAAAGUAAGAUUCUGUGUUGCUCAGAAAGAAAUUAAGAUCAUUUUAAAACAAGAUAAUUGCACGGAAAGCAAUAUCUCAACACAGUAAAGGAAACAAUUAAUUACAAUUGGUUAUGUUUAAUAAAAAAAAGUUUAGGGUGAAAUGUGACUUUAACUUCCUUAAAGUGCCCCUAAGUGAAUAAAAACAUCCAGCGAAGUUUUAAAUCUGAAAGUGCAUCGUGUAUGAAGUUAUUGUGUGGUAAAAGAAAGAGCAGACUCUAAAUCAUUGAAACAAGUGUUUAAAAUGAAUGUUGAUGUCAACGUGAAACUUCAUCAUAACUUUUUGCAUUGGUCUGAAUGAAGAUGCACAUUCAUCCUCUGUCACUAGGUGUCACUUUUGGAGCGGUUUAACGCAGCUGUUUCCUCUGUAACACAAAGCAGGACUGCGCCACUUUAUCAGGCGUUACAAGCGUUAAAAUGAGAUUAGUCAGACCAACGGCCAAAGAUUAACCUCACGCAGAGGAGGGGUUUGAAAAAAUGAAUCGUUUGGGGGUUGUUGAGCAAGUAAGGUGCAAAAUAAAUGCAUAUUAUAAGACAGUUAAAUGUUUUUUGACCUCGUAUGCAUGUUAACGUAUGCGUACCUUUCAUAACCCAUAAUAGGGGCACUUUAAGGUCCACCCCAAAAAAGAGAUGUGCUGUUUCACAUCUGAGUUUCUUUCUUUCUUCUGUUGAACGCAAGAUAUUUUUAUUUUAAUCCAUAUUUUGAAGAAUGUUUCUAAACAAGACGCUGAUUGACUUAAUAGAGUUGUAGUCCAUGGCUACCAUCAGCUGUUCAGUUACCUGUAUUCUUCAAAGUGUCUUUUUUGGUUUAAGAGAAGAAAAACAGUUAACCAGGUUUUAAUAAAACAUGAGGAGGAGCGAAGGAUGGUACGAGUUUUAUCAAUUUGGCCCGUCACUGACAUUUUGUACACGCCGUUUACUCAAGACUAGGUUUCACAGUUUGCUUUGAGGAAUACAACUUGAAAAGCUUGUAAAUGAAUGAAAGUUCAGUUUGUUACUAGAAACAUGGCCUUAACAAAGUUCAGGAUUAUGUCAAGAUGUUCUAUUUUUCUUCCUGUCGAUUAUAAUGCCAGUGAAACACCAAUUCUUAGUAGCUUGUCCCUUCUUCACUUUUGUCCUUUUAGUAUUUCAGUUAAGUGAGAAAGUGAAUCUCAGACACAGUAUGGCUCAUGCGCUUGUAUGAACUCCAUAAUACAAGUAUUGUCAUUUUUAAACGGUGGCGUUGUAGAGUUCACUAUUACUGGAAAGGCCUCAAAACAUUGAAAUCAUUUUUUCCUAGUCAGCAAUACCUAAAUAGUAAUCACCAAUGCAGUUUGCUCAUGUCAUGUUAAAAAAAAAAACAUCUGUCCCUUGUUGCUGUUCUUUGGAUAUUUUGUUGUAUUUUACCUCAUCGUCGAUGCUUAAUAAGCUCUGUUUUUCUUUCUAUCUUUUUGACAUUCACUCUCACACACACACACACACACACACACACACACACACACACUUUGAAGGCACCUUCUCAAUCAACAUAGUUACCCAUGCAUGGCUAUGUAUAAGUUGUGGAGUCCAAUUUUACAACAACAUCACAGUCAAAUGUACAAUCUGGGGGGUCACAGUUUGAGACGAUAAAAUGACUGAUCAGGGCGACGUGGACUUUUGAUUAAUUUUGGUCCUUGGGGAUUAAAACCUUCACAAAGACUUUAUUUUUAUUUUUUUAUUUUUUUUUUUUUUACAGUUAACCAAUAUAUGGAUAUGGCAGUAUGAAUAAAUAUAUAACUAUAUAUUAUUAAGAGCUGUGUGAACUUUUCUGUUAUUGUUUGGACAGAUGUUUGUCCCUUUUUUUUUUUUUACAGGGUUGACCUGGAGGUUCAGAGACAAUAAAAUUGUUUUUGAAUUGAUCUUCAGAGUUGAAGAGGGCGGUGAAAGCGGUUUCUGAAUGAGAGAUUAGGACAUCAAAUCCCAAAUCUCUUUUCAACUCAUUAAAAAUUAGCUGACUCAUGGAAGCACGGGAACCACGCCUCGGGAAUUUUCAUG